GGCAACGGGAGCUGCCCGGGCUGCCGGGCGGGCGCCGGCUCCGCGGCGCGCGCCGCCACCGCGCUGGCCGCCGUGCUCAUCGUCACCAUCGUGGGCGACAUCCUGGGCAACGUGCUCGUCAUCCUGUCCGUGCUGAGGAACAAGAAGCUCCGCAACGCCGGCAAUAUCUUUGUCGUCAGUUUGUCUGUUGCAGACCUUGUAGUUGCGGUGUAUCCGUAUCCUCUGAUCUUGAGUGCCAUUUUCCAUAACGGAUGGACAAUGGGGAAUGUUCACUGCCAGAUUAGUGGGUUCCUGAUGGGCUUAAGUGUCAUCGGGUCCAUUUUCAACAUCACUGCAAUCGCAAUCAACCGCUACUGCUACAUCUGCCACAGCCUGCGGUAUGAUAAGCUCUUCAACCUGAAGAACACCUGCUKCUAUCUCUGCCUGACGUGGAUACUGACGGUGGUGGCAAUCGUGCCCAAUUUCUUUGUUGGCUCCUUGCGUUACGACCCCCGGAUUUACUCCUGCACCUUUGCCCAGACAGUGAGCACGUCUUACACCAUCACAGUGGUGGUGGUUCACUUCAUCGUCCCACUUUCCAUCGUGACGUUUUGCUACUUACGGAUCUGGAUUUUGGUCAUUCAAGUCAAACAGCGGGUGAGACAGGACUGCAAGCAGAAGCUCAGAGCAGCCGACGUCCGGAAUUUUUUAACUAUGUUUGUGGUUUUUGUCCUUUUUGCUGUGUGCUGGGGACCGUUAAACUUUAUUGGCCUCGCCGUUUCGAUUAGUCCUUCAAAAGUACAGCCGCACAUUCCAGAAUGGCUUUUUGUCCUGAGCUAUUUUAUGGCCUAUUUUAACAGCUGCCUCAAUGCAGUGAUCUAUGGGCUUCUUAACCAGAAUUUCCGAAAGGAGUACAAAAGGAUACUGCUGACGCUCCGGACUCCAAGGCUGCUCUUCAUUGAUGUGUCAAAGGGUGGGACAGAGGGGGUGAAAAGCAAGCCAUCUCCAGCCAUAACAAACAAUAACAACCAAGCGGAAAUACCUUUAUAA